AUGGACAAGCAGAUUGAAGCUGGGGUGGCCUCAUGCAGGAAAUGCCAGGAAGCCAGACCAAACCCUCCCCCUGCGCCAAUUCUGGAAUGGGAGACCCCCAGAGGGCCAUGGUCCAGGGUCCAUAUAGACUUUGCCGGACCCACAAAAGGACCCACAUUCCUAAUAAUGGUCGACGCUUACUCCAACUGGCUGGAGGUUAGCGUCAUGAAAUCCACCACCACGGAGGCCGUUAUCAAAGAACUAACCAAACUGUUUACCACCCAUGGACUACCAGACGUGCUAGUGUCAGACAGCGGGCCACAAUUUACCGCACUGGCAUUCGAGAAAUUUCUGGCUGAACGGGGCAUACGGCAUGCGUUGACAGCGCCCGCUCAUCCAGCGGCAAACGGGCAGGCGGAACGCAUGGUUCGUUACACAAAAAAUACAAUAGAAAAAAUCGAAACCGGGGACAUACACGACAAAAUAAAUAAAAUGCUACUGAUACAACACAUAACACCCAACACAAUGACGAAUAAAAGCCCAGCAGAGCUACUAAUGGGCAGAAAACUACAAUCCCAACUAGAUAGACUGCACCCCACAUACAACCCCGAAAACCCCCCAGAUUCGUUGAGCAAAUACCGAAUAUUUGCCCCAGGAGAUGCAGUCUAUGCUAAAAACUUCACAGGGGAUCCGCUCUGGAUACCAGCAAAAAUAACCCAGGUCCAUGAUAGAAAGUGUCCUCAGAGCCGCGACAGGCAGGCAUUACAGAGAGUUACUAAUUCAGCACAAGAAACCAUUGGUUUCCUCCUAACACUACUGGAUGACAUCCCCAGGUCUUUCUCUUUCAGCAGAUAA